AUGGCACCCGUCAAGAUCCCCGUCGAGCCGGCUAAAAAGCGCCGUAUCGGCGUACUCACCUCCGGUGGUGAUGCACCCGGUAUGAACGGAGCUGUGCGAGCUGUGGUUCGUAUGGCUAUUCAUUGCGACUGCGAAGCCUAUGCUAUCUUCGAAGGUUAUGAGGGAUUGGUCAAUGGCGGUAAUAUGAUUCGUCAGAUGCAUUGGGAGGAUGUUCGUGGCUGGCAAUCUCGUGGUGGUACAUUGAUCGGUUCAGCCCGGUGCAUGUCCUUCCGGGAGCGUGCCGGUCGCCUGCGUGCAGCUAAGAACAUGGUUCUCCGUGGUAUUGAUGCGCUGGUUGUCUGUGGUGGUGAUGGUAGUUUGACGGGUGCCGAUGUUUUCCGUGAUGAAUGGCCUGGCUUACUGUCAGAGCUUGUUGUGGAAGGCGAAUUGACCAAGGAACAGGUUGAGCCUUACAAGAUCUUGAACAUUGUUGGUCUUGUCGGCUCCAUCGACAAUGAUAUGUCCGGCACCGACGCCACUAUCGGCUGUUACUCCUCCCUGACCCGUAUUUGCGACGCUGUUGACGACGUUUUCGACACUGCCUUUUCACACCAGCGAGGAUUCGUUAUUGAGGUCAUGGGUCGCCAUUGUGGAUGGCUCGCCCUCAUGUCUGCGAUCAGUACCGGUGCUGACUGGUUGUUCAUUCCUGAGAUGCCACCUAAGGAUGGCUGGGAGGAUGAGAUGUGCUCUGUCAUCACCAAGAACCGCAAGGAAAGAGGCAAGCGCCGUACCAUUGUCAUCGUUGCCGAGGGUGCGCAGGAUCGUCAACUCAACAAGAUUUCCAGUAACACUAUCAAGGAUAUUUUGACCCAGAGACUGGGAUUGGAUACUCGAACUACUGUUCUGGGUCACACCCAGCGUGGUGGUGCUGCUUGUGCUUAUGACCGCUGGCUCUCUACCUUGCAGGGUGUUGAGGCCGUUCGUGCCGUCCUCGAGAUGUCUCCCGAGUCCCCCGUGCCUGUUAUUACCAUCCGCGAGAACAAGAUUAUGCGCACUCCUCUGAUGGAUGCAGUCCAGGCCACCAAGGAUGUCACGGCCAAGAUUCACGCCAAGGACUUCGCAGGAGCUAUGAACGAGCGCGAUGCUGAAUUCAAGGAAUACUACCAUGCCUACUUGAACACCGCCACACCCGAUCACCCCAAGAUGGCUCUUCCCGAGGGCAAGAGAAUGCGUAUCGCUAUCAUCCACGUCGGUGCCCCUGCCGGUGGUAUGAACCCAGCUACUCGAGCUGCUGUGGCCUACUGCUUGACCCGCGGACACACCCCCAUUGCAAUUCACAACGGUUUCCCUGGUCUUGUGCGUCACCACGCUGAUGAGCCUGUUAGCUCCGUUCGCGAGGUGAAGUGGCUGGAAUCAGACAGCUGGGUUAACGAAGGAGGUUCGGAUAUUGGAACUAACCGUAGCCUUCCAUCCCAGGACCUGGAAGGCACCGCCAAGUGUUUUGAACUUUACAAGUUUGAUGCUCUUUUCAUUGUGGGUGGUUUCGAGGCAUUUACUGCUGCCAGUCAACUGCGCCAGGCCCGCGACAAGUAUGAUGCAUUCAAGAUCCCUCUCGUUGUGCUACCAGCCACCAUCUCCAACAAUGUUCCGGGUACCGAGUAUUCCCUUGGCAGUGACACUUGCUUGAACACCCUCAUUGAUUUCUGUGAUGCUAUCCGGCAAUCUGCCUCCUCUUCUCGUCGCCGUGUCUUCGUCAUUGAGACUCAAGGUGGAAAGUCUGGCUACAUCGCUACCACUGCUGGCUUGGCAGUCGGUGCGGUGGCUGUUUACAUUCCCGAGGAGGGUAUUGACAUCAAGACUCUUUCGCACGACAUUGACUUCUUGCGGGAUAACUUUAUCCGUGACAAGGGCGCCAACCGUGCCGGAAAGAUCAUUCUUCGCAACGAAUGCGCUUCGAGCACUUACACUACCCAGGUUGUUGCUGACAUGAUCAAGGAAGAAGCCAAGGGCCGAUUCGAGUCGCGCGCUGCUGUGCCGGGUCACUUCCAACAGGGUGGAAAGCCUUCCCCCAUGGACCGUGUCCGUGCCCUGCGUAUGGCCAUCAAGUGCAUGCAACAUAUCGAAUCUUACGCUGGUCAAAGUCGUGAUGCUAUUGCUGCGGAUCCUCUUUCAGUUACAGUCAUCGGCGUGAAGGGUUCCCAGGUGCUGUUCUCUCCCAUGGGCGGUGCUACUGGACUGGAGGAGACUGAGACCGACUGGGAACGCCGUCGUCCCAAGUCCGAAUUCUGGCUGGAGUUGCAAGAUGUCGUCAACGUUCUAUCCGGUCGUGCUGCUUCCCGCGCCCAAGAGACCUGGUCCUGCUACGAGAGUACGUAA